GUCAAUUUAAUAUAUAUAUUUUUAGGUUAUAUUGUUCAGUAAUGGUAUCUAUAAACUGAACAUUAGAAUGUCGUCAGUUUCAAUAUUCUGUUGUUUAAAGGGAUGUUUAGAUAAUUUCCAGUUUCGUCCUACAGUGCCUCAUAUUCCAAAAGAGAAUCCCGUUUUAUUAGACACAGCGUUUAUGGGAUAUGAAGUCGUAGUGGUAAAAAACGGUUUAAGAGUUUGUGGUUCGGGAGCUGUUUUAGGUAGCGCGCCAUUAAUACAAUCAAAAUCUUAUUUUGAAGUUAAAGUACAACAAGGAGGUUCUUGGUCCGUGGGUGUUGCUACUAGACAAACCGAUCUAAGUUUAGUAAAAGGUGGUCAAGAUGAAUAUUCUUGGUCAUUGAAUAACGAUUGUAAAAUAUGUCAUAAUAAACAGGAAAUUUACAAAUUUAGUUUACCUACGACGUCGAAUGAAGUCAUCCAACAAAUUAACGAAGGGGAUAUAAUUGGUGUAGCUUUUGAUCAUAUUCAAUUAAAAUUUUUUAUAAACGGUAAUGAAAUUGAUCAUUCUAUUACUAAUAUUAAAGGUAUGGUGUAUCCAGCAUUACACGUUGACGAUGGUGCUAUACUGGAUAUAGUUUUAGAUAACUUUACUUAUGCUCCCCCGUCAGGUUUUGAUAAAAUUAUGAUCGAACAAUCUUUGCUUUAAAAAUUAAGUUCAAAUUCUAUUUAUUUAUUCGAAAUAAUUUAUUUUUAGAUAAGUUUUAUUGAAUCUUUAUAAAUUUUAAGCAUUUUUUGGAUUAAUAUUUCUUGUAAAAUACAGUUUUGACAAUAUUUUUAGAAAUAGUGAUAGUUUUCAAAUUUAAUCGGAACUAAAAAGACACGAAUCUACCAUUUUACUCUAUUCUAUUAUUUAUUUAUCAACCGAAUAGAAUAAUUCAAUAUAUUUUCAAUUAAUAUUGAAAUAAAAGCUUAAAAUACAUCACUUUUACCUCAAUAAUGAGUUUAUAUAUUUUUCAACAUUGAUCUGAAGUGAUUUCUUGAAUAUUUAAAUCUAUUCCCUUUUAUUUGUAACAUUUUCAUUCCAUUUUUUAAUCUUCUAAUCGUGGUUUUUAAUGAAAAUUAUUUUUCUAACGUUUAAAUUUAAAGUGUUUUGUUCUUGAGUAUAUAAAUAAUGUACAUUCCUAUUAUAUAUGUAAAUAGUAAAAUAUUAAUCAAAAAUAAAUUUUAAACAAUAAAAUCUUUCAAACAGUAA